AUGUUCAACAAACGAUACAAACAACAACAACAACAACCAUCACACCAGCAAUAUCGGCAUCAACUGGCAUCACAAUCUUCUUCUUCAUCUUCAAUAUCAACUAUUGUACAACAACAACAACACCAGCAACAACAACAACAACUGCACCAGCAUCCAAACCCCAGCGGUAUCCACAUUAGCCCAUCGUCACCUGAUCUAUACUACAAUACUUGCAACACUAAAUAUAACAACAACAACAGAAGGCUGCAUAACGUAUUUGCUGACGACGAGUCUAAUUUCAUACAAUCAAAUAUAAGGCGUAGUAUUCUGGCAUUUUUACAGAGUAUGGGACAACAAAUAUCAAAGAAUAAUAAUAGCAACAGCAACAGCAACAGCAACAGCAACAGCAACAGCAACAGCAACAGCAACAGUAGUAAGAACGUAGACCAAGGCAAUCAUCAAUUUAGUGGCUUACCAUUAUCUUAUCACAAAAAUAGAGAACCUACAAGUAAUAAAUUAAAGGCACAAUUUUCAGUGUCAGAUUCAAAACAACAGGAACAGCAGCAGCAGCAACCCUUGAGUGGCUCUAUACGGCAUGAGCUUUCCUUAUCACCAACCACAUCACCACCAGAAGAUCCCCAUCAUCAAUACCCAUCUGCAUUCUUUUUAAGUCCAGUCACAUCCAAUGAAUCAUACAAUUACUAUUCUGAUGAUGCAUCAAUGACUGACGCAUAUCCUCAAUUGGGUCACCACCAUCAUGAUCUUAGUCAUCAUCAUUUGCAUAGUCAGUCGCAGCACCAAUUAUUGGGAGACAUUGUUGGUCCUGAAUUGACUGAUGUGUCACCAGCCUCAUCUUACGGUGAAGAGGAAAAUGUUGAAGGUGUGGACAUUGCUGGAAAAGAAGGAACUAGUUCAAUUGAGGAACUACAACGGUAUUCGCAUAAAGAAGUUUCACUGACCACCCCACAACCAUAUAUUCAAGAAGAAGAGUUUUCACCAUUGUUAUCUUUACCCAUGGAAAUUCUCAUUAGGGUACUUGAAUAUGUAUAUGUUGACACUGACAUCUCAUCAAUCAAUUCCAAUCUUGAAAAUUUUGCCAAUACAGUCCCCUUAUUAUCCAAAAAAUUCCAUCAAUUAUCCCUUUGUUUCUUGUACAAAUACACCAUAUUCAAUCGUCCUCAUUCAUUUGAAAAAUUUUUGCAUAACUUGCAAGCCAACCCUGUAAUUGGAAGAUAUGUUGAAUUUAUUGAUUUUCAGCAAUUUACCUCAAUUGGAUUAGGUAGAACUGGAAGAAUGAAUCAGGAGAUACAAAUGGUUACUUCAAGAACUAUAGCUCAUGCAUUAUCAAUGACUCCCAAUUUAAUGGAGUUUUUGGCAUCAGAGAAUAUUCAGGAUGAUAUGGAUGUUUCGGUAUUGAAUAUUUUGUUUAAUAAAUUACCUAAAUUAAAAGCAUUGGACUUUUGUGGUGCUAGUAGUGAAGCAUUUGCUAGAGCUUUUGAUCAAUUGACUAUUGAGGACCCUUUGCCAAUAACAAAGUUGUCAUUUCAUGAUUGCUCCAAUAUUUCUCAGGAUGUGUUGAAUAAAAUAUUGAAAAGUGCAACUCAUUUAACUCGAUUAGAUUUGAGUCAUACUGCUAUUACAUCGUCAAUUUUGUUGAAUUUGCCACAAAAUAUUCGGUUAACACAUUUAUCCCUUGCUAGAUGUUCGAAAUUGACAACAAAGGACUUGAUUCAUUUCUUGUCAACUCAUCCAGCCAUUGCUAAUGGGUCCUUACAAUGGCUUAAUUUACAAAUUGAUUCAAAUGUUGUUAGUCCACUUUCGGAUGUUUAUUUAUUAUACACUUUAAAACAUUUGAAUGCACCUGGCUUGAAAUAUUUAAAUAUUGGUGGAAUGCCAGUAAAUUCAAGAAUCUUGUAUACCAUUAAGACUAAGUUCCCCCAAUUAGUUAGUUUAAACAUUAGUCAUGCAUUACAAGUGACUCUUGAUGAGUUGAAUGGGUUUAUGCAAGAUAAUACAACUAUCAAGUACCUUGACCUAACUGGGAUUAAAUCACUCAAUAAGAAUGUUGUUACAUUCUUGAGAUACAACUUCAAUAGUAAUCUUGAAGCCAUUGAAUUCGAUUACAAGGCACUUUACGAUUAUACUUCCAGAGGAGAUUGUUUUCGAGUACAACCAUUACCACCACUACAACCAUCUUCUUCUUCUUCAUUAUCAGUAUCGAUUUCAUUCAUUGAAGAUACAGCCUAUUCACCACCACAAGUUUGGAAAUUCUAUGACAAUGAAGGAAGAAGAGCAUGGAUUUAUAAAAUGACUGAAGAAGAGUAUCAACGAGUCAUCAAUCAAUCGAAUUUGGUAUAUUAUGACUUGGAAACGGGACAGAAGAUUGUUACCAAGUUGAAAAAACCUCAGUUUUUAAAGUAUGCAGGACGGAAAGUUAAUUGUUCUAUUGGGUAUUAUAAUUUGAAUGGAUAUAAAGAUAAGAAGUUUGUUGAGGAUUGUUGGCCGGUCGAAUUUAGUCAACGGGGAAUUUACAAUUAUUAUUCAUUAAAUGUGAAGUAA